ACCCUUUUGAUCAAAGAAACGGAUUUUGCAUUGUCAUAUACAUAACAUUUUUGCUGCAUGCAAAGCAGCAUUUUAAAUGAUAACAGUGUAAAAGUAACGUAGGAACGGUAUAAGUUUGGAAUGUGUGGUAAAAUGGAUAUUUUAUGGGUAAAGGAAUAAAAGACCUUCGAAUUAUCAAGGGUAACAGAGAAGCAAGAGACGGGAUUGAGCAAUUCAUUGAAACUGAACAAGUAUUUUGUUCAUUACUGGUGAUUCAGAUAUUGACUAAACGUGUAUAUGUUUGUUAGGAGACAACGUGAAUGUAUUACGGAUAUAUGAUAUGGAUUCAAUAGACACAAUUUAACCUUGUAAAUGUGGAUAUCGUUGUCUUUGAAAAUUUAAUAUCAAAGUAAAUGAAAAGAACUAGCACUAUGAGGAAAGACAGUCAUACACUGUUCUCCGUGCUAGAGAAAAUUCCAGAAACACGUGCAGAGUUUGAGUGUCAGCAGUUCGUGCCCUGGUUUAGGAACAAAUCUAUUCUGUUUCGAUCUCUCAAGCCAGAGAUUGUAGCGGAUGUUAUACGUCAUUGCGAUUAUGAGAGGAAGAAAAAGGAUGAUGUCCUUAUCAAACAGGGAGAUAGUGGUGACAGAUUGUAUAUAAUUCUACGAGGGUCAGUGUCAGUGUAUGUUAUACAUGACCAGAAAGACAACCCUGCUGAGGUUCUCAAACAAGUGAACACUGCAUGCUCGGCUCAUGACUUCGACCGAUCAGAACUGGGACAGUAUGUGUGGACAGGCGGCGAGGGGAAAUGUUUUGGAGAAGUUGCACUUUUGAAAGAAGACUGCAUACGUACGGCAACAGUAGUAGCUGAUGGAGACACAGACCUGGUGAUAAUUGACAGGAACCUAUAUAACCGAUCAGUCAAGGACGUCCUCGAGAUGGAAUAUCAACUAAAGACCAAGUUUGUUGAAGAGAAUUCACUGUUUAAGAACUGGCCGAGCAAGCAGAAGAAGUUGUUGGUAGUUGCCUUAAAGAAAGAAAGUGCAAAAUAUGGGUCUUAUCUUCUACGACAAGGCAAUAUAGCCGAUCACAUGUAUUUUCUUUUGAGUGGUGAGAUUGAGAUCACGUGCGACCAAAGUCAGUUUAAACGUCAAUAUUCAGAUUUAUGGCGGGAAAUGGAAACACUUCUUCCUGGUCUCCUCCCGAGACGACAUUCAGAAACGCCACACGAACGGUUGAAAAGAAAGAAGGUCCAACGCAAAGUCCUGCAGAUGUGCCUACUUGGGUCGAAUGAAUCAGUGGGUGAGUAUUUCGCUUACUUAAUUAAGUCAAAUGAAUCGGUACUAGUCGACUCUUAUGACAUUCUUAAAAUCCUGACCUUUCUGCUACAAGAUGACAGCGCUGUUGACGAUUUGAGGAAGAAGAAACGUAGAGAAAGAGAAAUUAAGAAAGGACUGAUACAUAAUCUAGAUGACGAUGACGAUUCUGAUAAGAAAAGUGCUAAAGAAGCUGAACAGAUAUCCGGAAUGAUGAAGAUGUUGGACAUGAACCCAAAAACCACACAUGGAAGACUUCCAACAGUUGAAAGUAGUCAACGCGUUAUCAAUGAAAUCGAGGCAGGACUGAGAAACUGGAUAGAAACUACAAGAGGAGGUGGCUCGCCUAUUCCAACCCAGCAAAACCACUUGUCCGUAGCCGGUGUUGGUAGACGCAAAUCAUUCCAAGAGGACUUUAUGAAACCAAUUUUUCACCAAACAGCCUCGUUGUCAAGACCGAAGACUCCAACAAAAUGAUAGAGAAUUAUCAACAUGAUGCAGACGACUGACUGCUUGCCAUUACUCUGUGAAGUGUUACGAUUGACUGUUCAGAUAUAGUGUCAUAAAUUAUUUGAAAUGCCAAAUGAAUGUGUAUAGCUUUUCUUGUAAAUUGUGCGAUUGGAAGUUCCGAUAAAGCACCGUUAAUUGAUUUGCAAUGAAUAAGAUAUUUCAAGCAAAUCUACAUGUGCAUCGAUUUUGUCAAUGGUUGGAUUAAAAGUUAAGAUAGUGUCAUGAAUAUUGGUAUGAAAUGGACGGAGCCAUGUUUAACAAAAAUGGUUCUUCUCUGUUCGCAAUAUUCCAAUUAGCCAUAAUUAACCAGAAAUGAUCGCAGUACGUCUUGGUCAUUAAGCAACAGUGAAAGUCAGAUUCCCUGAGUUUUCUGUUCUUUUUAAGACAAUAUAUUUGAAAUAAAAUAAAGCAGUAUUUAGAUUUUUACCACUCCUGUUAUUACCGGAUUUCCAUACUAUUCCAUAGCAGUCCUUUAAUGCGGAUUUCACUUCAUACAAAUCGCCACUCGACCUGCGUUCAUAUUAAGUUUGUACAAAUUAGGAGCGAUCAAAGAAAAAUACCUGCUUAAAUAUAUUGUAUUUAACUUACGCAACUAUCUGCUGUUUUUAUUAUUCUAAAUGUAAAGAUGUCAUCGUAAAUGCACUAUGGGUGUAUAAAAUAAGUCCCUUUAACCGUUGUCAUGCCUAGAGAAAUAUGUAUUUUAAAAAUGUUACAUCAAAUUGCACGCAUAUUAGUUCAAUAAAGUUUCUAGCUGAUAAUA